AGAAGAAUGUUUAUAUUUUGAAACAUAGGAAAAGAUUCCCACGGAAAAUAAAAUUGAUUAACUUCUUUUCACCGGAGACGUUUGGUGUAACAUCCGGCGGAAGUGAACAAGCAGCGCCAGACCAUCACGUGUGUUUUGAAUAGUUUUUCACUUUUAUUGUGUUUUCCGUGGUCUGAUCUGGAUAUCGUGGUGUUUCCAGUGAGGAUGAGUUCGUCUGGGUCUCUGAGAGAGUUCAUCAGUCAGCGACUAACUGCUGCUGCUGAAGAAAUAUUCACAGAGUUUGAAAAAACCAUCGUCCAGUACGAAGAAGAGAUCGACCGACAGAGAAGACUGCUGGACAUCACCUGGAAACCGGAGAUUAAACUACACAGAACAGAACUCCAACAUGGCUUCAUCCCGGAUGCUAAUGAGGUUCUUCCUGGCCAGCAGCUCUGUAACCAGGACAGGAACCUUGGAUUGGACCAGAAGGAACCAGAUCCUCCACAGGUUAAGGAGGAAAUGAAGGAUGGUCAGGUUGAAUGGAAGCAGGAGACUGAUGUCGUCAAUUAUCUUAAUGAAACAGAACUCCAGCAUCAUUUCUUCCGGGUUGCUAAUGAGGUUCUUCCUGGCCAGCAGCUCUGUAACCAGGACAGGAACCUCAGAUUGGACCAGAAGGAACCAGAUCCUCCACAGGUUAAGGAGGAAAUGAAGGAUGGUCAGGUUGAACUGAAGCAGGAGAUUGAUGUCGUCAUGGUGACUCCAACUUCUGGUGAAAGUGGCCACAGUGAACCAGAACCAAACAUGGAUCAGUUCCAACUUCAGAUCUCUCCAGUAACUGGGAAACCGGAUCAGCAAGAAACAAAGUACGAACAAUCCACCAGAAAUGAAGAUGUCGGUACAGAUAUGGACAACUCUCCCAUGACGGAGAGUCGUGGUGACUCUGAUGCAGGUAAUGAAUCUGUAAACUUUCAGAACAAAUAUCUAAAUGAAACAGACGGACAAAUCCACUCAGAGAAAAGUCAGUUGACGUGCAGAUUUUGUGGUAAAAGUUUCCUCAGACAAUUAUACUUGUUGGAUCACACUCGUAUCCACACCGGCGAGAAGCCAUUUACCUGUCAAGUGUGCGGUAAGAGUUUUAACCGCAAUGUGACUUUGACCACCCACAUGAGAAUCCACACAGGCGAGAAGCCGUAUUCCUGUAACACCUGUGGUAAAAGUUUCUCCCAAACCGGUCACCUGACCAAUCACAUACGGGGUCACACAGGAGAGAAGCCCUUUUCCUGUGAAAUGUGCGGUAAAACCUUUGCCGUCGGUAAGACUUUGACUAUCCACAUGCGGACCCACACAGGAGAGAAGCCGUAUUCCUGUCACAUUUGCGGUAAAGGAUUCCUCAGCAGCAGCAACAUGAAGGCGCACGUGAGGAGGCAUGCUGACGUCAAGCCCUUUUGUUGUCAGAACUGUGGUCAAUCUUUUGGACAACUGUCUGCUUUGAAAGUCCACAUGAACAAGUCCUGCAGGCCACAACACCCCAGCAACAGCACCUCAGGAAAUGUUUGGACCUUUUCCGAACAAGAAAACCAGAAGGAGUCUGAGCCAAAGCUUGUAACCACAUAAGGAUGACCACUCUGAAAACUCUGAAAACUUGAUUUUCUACAGUACAGUUCUGUACAAAUCUGUUUUACUUUUGAAAUGUCACCAUCAUAAAUCAGUUUCCAGUGCAAACUCAACUCCCUUCAUCUCAAUGUAAACAAGACGACUCUGCCCAACCCUCCCCCUCUCCCACGAACACCUGCGGAUCUCCCUCCCAGAACUGUACUGAGCUGCCUGAUAACACCAAGGACAUUUUGGCUGGGAGCAGCUCUGGGCAAAGGUUCCUGGCUCCCCUCUUCUUAUCAGCCCCCCUGACACGGACGUCGAGUUCGAGCGCCACGCGUUCGCGGCGCUCACUUGGAUGAACAGUGCCGGGAUCCCCCCCCCCCACCCGCGACUUGCCCACCCUCGACUUGCCCACCCUCCAUCACCCACAUGCAAGUCCUGUGACGUCUGUGCUUUGUGUGCUGCGAGGUGUUUUUUUGCAACUUGAUAGUGUGUAUUGUAUGAUAUUCAGUGUGAAGAUGUAUUAUAUUUUAAUGUCAAUUUUGGAGAAUUUACUUUAUAUUCAGAUAUUCUACCAAACCGGCUGAUUAGAUCUAACAACGCUGGUACGAAGUGUUUAUUUGUUUUAGGAAUAAAAUUACAUCAUCUGCAAAGAGAUUCUAUGGUCUCUAUUACCAAUUGUAAUCCCCUGAAUUUGCUUACUAGAUCUAAUUGCUGUUGCUAAUGGCUCAAUUGCUAGAACAAACACAAGUGGUGACAGAGGUGAACCUUGAGGGACAACUCUUGUGAUAUUGAAGGGUUCAGAUAUCACCUCAUUUGUUACUCAGCUAUAGGGUUGAGGUGUAACAUUUUGAUCCAGAUCCAAACUGUCAUGAAUUUCUAUGGAUUCUAUUGGUUGUGAAGGUUCCUGAGAGUUAUCAAUCAAGCCACUCCUUAGAUAUGACUACGAGCCUCCGAAAACAUGGUGAUGUCAUGGGUGUGUCCAGUUCGUCUGAUACAGUUUAUGUGGACAGGUGAGUAGUAGCAGUAGUUAAAAGUGAAUGUGGCAGGGCGAGUGCCACGGGGGCCCGACCGAAGGAUGGAGAGACACGGAGCUUCGUGCAGACCCUUUUUUUAUUUAACAAUUAAACACCACCCACAGUGCACAAGCAUGACAGCAGCUCCUCCGACCCCUCUUCUGCUGUCCAGCUCCGCCUUAUAAGGCAGGCAGGGUGGAGAGAUCCACUCAGGCGGAUGGGACACAGGUGCGCGUGUCCUAUCCACCUCUCCACCCUGCCACACACCCCCAACGCCAACCUCGAGCCGGGGUCUGUCCGUCCGGCCGAGCCUACUCCCCCCCCCGCCCCCUCGGAGCGGGAGAGGAAGCCCGGAACCCUCCGGGCCUUCCUGGUCGGGGGGUCGUCCCCGGCGUCGGCCUGACCAGCGC